AUGUCAUCAGCUGCGGAGGAGGUUGAAACGGCGGCGGAGGACAGCAACACCCACAAAUGUAAGAUAUGUGUGAAGGAGCGAUACAAAUGCCAAGAUGUGAAAGUUUAUGGACGGUCAAUAGUAAAUGUCAAGGGACCAAGGAGCAGACUGUUGUUGCCAGACCUCAUUCGACUCCGCCGUGACAAUGAGCACCUGUUCACGGGUGCAAAACACUCAGCCACAGUGGGUUGGAGAGAAAUCGUGGAGAAGAUGGAGCUGGCGGGGAAAAUCUCCCCUGUGCAGGCCAAACGCAAAUGGGAGAACCUGAAGAGGAAAUACAAAGAGUGCAAGUAUCCAGCGACGGGCGAGGGUGCAAGUGGGAAGCCCACUGCCGCAACAUGGCCCUGGUUUGGUGCCAUGGAUGAGGUGCUAGGACAGAGGCCCUCCACCAGGCCACCUGUCCUAAUCUCCGACAUCCAGGAGGACACACCAGGGCCCAGUGCAGCAGUGGGGAACCCACUCCCACACCAGGAGGGGCAGGCGGAUGAGGAGCCGCCUGAGGCACGGGUGGCGAAAAGGAGGAGGGACGGGGAGGAUGAGCUCAUUGCCCUAAUAAAAGAGGACAUGGCUCAGCAACGCCAAAUGGAGGAACGGAGAGCCGAGAGGAUGGACAGGCUGAUAGGUGUCCUCGAAAAGCUAGUGGAGCAGAAAAAGGACUGAGUCGUGUCCACAGAC